AUGGCAUCAGCGUUGCCUUCGUCUAUGACUACAGACGCUUUAGAUGACGUUCUGAUGGUGGCAAUGCGUGUCGAUAGUUCGUUAUUGUCUACAGAAGAGGAUAUCCAUGUCUGUGUGUCUUUAUACGACGAUCCGCGCGUACACGUGGACGUAGCAGAUGAUUUGACGUUAGUGGUGGGUUUUCAGCGUAAACUCUACACUGUCAGAUCCCUAGAAGACAUGGAAACAAGCAAGAGUGAUGGUCACAUUGCUUCUCUGCGUGUCAUUGUCGACAUGGAGGACGUCCAUCUCGAGGAAAAGGAACAAGUAACAGACGUCAAGUGGCUCAAUCGGGAGCUCUUUUGUGUGGGCUACACAUCAGGUGUGGUCCGCAUCUUCAACCGCAUAGGAGACGUCCUUUUUGAGCAAAAGUUACAUGGCUCAGCAGUGCAAAAAGUGGACGUAAAUAGGAACAUAGCGACGAUCAUCGCGGCAAGACGGACGAGUGUCUUAUUGUCCAGUGAAACGGACAUGGAGGGAGAGUUUUGGGUCUUGUAUGCCGAUUCUACUGUUGCUGUGAUCCAGAUGUCAGAGAUAAUAGCAAAAUUGAAGGCUAAUUCUACCGUUUUUGGCCCUGCACAAGUUAGUAAAUUCAGGAAAUACUUGCUACGAGAUCAAAAAGAUGUGGUGGCUGCAUUCCCGUGUGGACCAGUGAGACCGACGAUCUUUCAGUCACAUUCGCGGCUUGGUGUGUACACUAUUGUAAGUGCCGGAUCGGCACCAUUUCUUGCAUUUUACCAGGCAGGCAACGACCAAAAUUCUAUUAUUCACCUGGCACAUAUUGCCACAGCCAUUGCAUCGAAAGCUGCAGGAGCGGUAUGGAAUUUUGCAAUCAGUUGGGGAUGGAGACAAAGCAUAGAUGGAAAGGAACAAGCUAAUUACACUCAGCUUGGUGCAGGUGCCACUGAUGCUGCAGCUGAUCAUGUACCAGCUCCGGUUGGCGCUACUCGCUCGAUUUACGAAGAUGAGCGACGACGCUGCAAAGCUCUUGUUUUGAGUCCUACGGGCAGGUUGGCGGCUGUUUCGGACACACUUGGACGCAUCCUACUUGUCGACACUGCUCGGAUGAUGGUAAUUCGGAUGUGGAAAGGUUAUCGGAAUGCACAGUGUGGUUGGAUGCAAGGCACGGAAGGUCCUCGUCGGCCACUUGGGCUCUAUCUGGUUAUUUUUUCUGCGCAAAGAGGUAUCGUAGAGGUAUGGCGCGCACGAUAUGGUCCUCGAGUUUUCAGUUUUGCGGUGGGCAACAGCGCCAAACUUUUCACACAGUUUGAUCCUGCCACUAGAAGGACUAAGUGCAUCGUCUUGUCUAAAACGAGCGACAAUGUGUCUGAGCUUAUUGAGCUGAAGCCUGGGCUACCUAAUGCAUCAAUUUUGUUGAAGUAUUUUACGCAGAAUAAGCUUCAAGAAGAGAACUUCCUCCUGUAUCAAUUGAUAGGUGGUCUUCAAGCCUACGUGAAGAAAAGACGUGUAGACACGACUCAGGCGCUUGAGCAGGAUGCACUUGGUCCAUUGCUAGUAGAGAUCGGUGGCCUUUCAUCCUAUACAACGAUCCAGACACUUCUUGAUGUCUUGCUAGGUGCGGAUAUGGCACUACUGAAGACAAGUUUUUUACUCAAGGCACUGGAGAAAUUGCAGCUAGCGCUCAAGAACGGAUUUACAUCUAGAACACCGACCGGGCCAGAACUGUCUCUUCAGUGGAAGUUGCUUUGGCAGCACCGCCUGGUAUCUGCAUUUAGCGGCUUUCAGGCUGAAUUUGAGAGAGGAAAACGAGUUUUUACAUCGAUGGUGCAGGCCUCUGCCAGAGAAAUGAUAUCGCAAUCUGGCUCGGAAGAUCAGCAGUCUUGUCCGCUUCCACGUAUCCUCCCGUGGUUUGAGCUUUUUCGUCGGGCAGGUCUUGCGCUAGAUGAUGAAUCGUGCACUCGAAUGUGCAGAGCGACAGACAGCGCUAGCAAGCUCAGUGCGUGGGAGUUUAUAGAAUUCUUCUCGAUGCCAUUCAAUGAUCCUGACUUGCCUCGUCGACGAGACAUUCUAUCGCUAUUUGAAGUUGCUGAAAGCAAAGAAGAGUUUCUGCGUAACACUUUUCGUGUGUUGAAGACUCCGAUUUUUCGCAAGUUUUCGAAUUCUGCUCAAAGGGACUGCCUUUUUACAUUUAUUCUCGCUCCAGUGCUAUCCAGCGUCUUUGCUGUCCAGGAGCUACAGCAGCUACAUUCUACCCUCUUUUUGACCGAAGAGGUUACUACAAGACUAUUUAUUGAGUGGUACUUUUCACUACCUCUCGGCGCGGUACUCGCGCUUCCCCCACCGUCGAUGUCUUCGUCCCUCCAGCGUUGGCUACAACCUUAUUUCGUCAUUACAGAUAUGGAGGCGGCAAUACAACAAAAGAGCGAGGAUAAUGCUGAAACACCAUACGUGUCGACAGAAAAUUAUGUUCGCCGCCUGCGUGACUGUCCCCCCUCGCUGGUGGAAAUUUUCAACUCAUGCCGGAAAACGCCAAAGCUUUUUCAUGCUUUCGUGUUGAGUGAGCACUGUGGGUGGGGCGAAAAGCAAUCGGCAAAGCAUGCUGAAGAAGACACACUGGGAAAUUAUAGCAGUGUUGGUGGCGGUGCGCGGUGGCUCAUUCUGCAGGACUGUAUUGCCAAAACAGUGCAUCUAUCGUUGCGGCUUGGAAAAGUUGGCCGUUUCUCUGUUGACGCGGUUGAACUUGUGGAUGAUAUCAUGCGGAGCCUUGUUGUUAUGCAGAUUAAUGAUGGCCACGAGGUUGGCGAAGAUGAUGUUGCCGUACAGCUUCCUAAAGACCAUGUCGAGGUCAGUGUCGGUGAUGAUGGUACGGACGGUUGGAUUGCGACUAUGGAGAAUUGUCGUAAUGCUGCACAGAUGAAGGAUUGGUCGGCUGUACUGCGCGCGUACCCUCAAUUCUCAAACCAGAACGCUUUGUGCUGUUUUCGAGUAGGGACACUUUGCGCUGCUUGGAAUGCCGAGCGAUCAGAUAUGCAUCAGCUUGAAGGUGCACUGCUGGAGCUGGAAUGUGUGAAGUCACUGCAAGUUAAAGCAGCAAUGGCUGCUUUUAUUUGGGAGCGAUACAUUCGUGUGCACGUAGUGACACUACUUGCUUUUUGGGAGGAUAGUGCUGCGGGUAGGAAGCCCCAGCGUGGUCUUCAGCCGCAAGUCACUCGGCGCUUCUUCGGCAUUAUUCGGGAUCUGCUUACAUCGUUAUUAACAACAGUAAAUGCGAUCUCAUCGGCUCGGGUUGUGCUAACAGCGUUUGAUGAAAACGAAUGCAACAGCGAAAGAAGUGAUGCAGAUGCCGAAUCCAACGAGGAUGAUGACGACGACCUUGUGCAACGCAUCACUAUAUACAAAAUGGAAAGUUUGAUUCAGUCUGUCAAAUGGCGCUUCCAGGUGAAAGAUCUCCAUUUGGUCUUUCGGCGACAGUGGCCGCCUUCACACGAGACGUCCGCGCUCAUGCAAACGUUGCAAGGCUUUAAGCUCGAUAUGGUCUCGGCGUCACUUAUCGCGAGCCACAUUAGUUUGAUCAUGCUACUCGAUUCAUUUGCCGCGACGGAAGUAACCCCGAUCUCGAUUGUGAAGCUGUUCUCACAUCAUGGGCGAUACUUGUGCCGCCCAGACAGCUUCCUCAUUAGCCAACCUAUCGCCCAGGAAAGCGAAGAAGAGGCGACAUGUAUUAAGCAAGACCGAACGAGGUUUGUAAAGGAGCUUCUCCGACAUGAUGAGACGCUUGGAUUCAGGCUUGCGGAGGCAUUUGGAUUACCGAUUGAGGUGAUUCGUGAAGAGCACGUGCUGUUCUUGUAUCAGUCAGGGCGAGACGAGCGAGCAGAUUUAGCAAUUGGAAAGAUGCAGAGGCCAGAGCGACUGGCACUCAAGCUGGGAGCCAUUGCUAGAGCUCGGCUGUCGCUUAUCUUGAGACGUAUGAAGACCCAAGCGGAGUACGCAGUGGUGAUGAGUAUGCUGCCUGCAGAUGUGUUUGCUUGGGUGACCAGCGAUACUCAGCCACCGCUCGUGGCAGAUCCACUCGUUGAAAAGCUCGACACCACACCAUCUCUCACUUCUACUCAUUAUUUACUGCUCCAGUGUUUGGCCAUGAUCACACCUACCGGUGAAGAGUUUGAAAAGGUGUCGGCGAUGUCUGUACUGGUGAAGGACGUCAUUCGCCAGGUAAAGCGGCAAUUGUAG